CCCGAACACCAAUGGGUGGAUUCCUCGGUUCUCUUUCAUCACUACCCGCGACCAAACUUGGAUCUAUCGCUAUCCAGAGUGCACUGGAAAGAGCAAAUAUGGAUCCAUCACUUGUUCAAGAAGUUGUCUUUGGUAAUGUACUGAGUGCUAAUUUAGGACAAGCUCCAGCUAGGCAAGCAGCUUUAGGCGCGGGCAUUCCUAAUUCGGUUAUCUGCACGACUGUCAACAAAGUUUGCGCAUCUGGAAUGAAAGCAACUAUGCUAGCGGCACAGAGUAUUCAGUUAGGCAUAAAUGAUGUUGUUGUUGCUGGUGGCAUGGAAAGCAUGUCGAAUGUCCCAAAGUACCUGGCUGAGGCAAGAAAAGGAUCUCGACUUGGACAUGAUUCUCUUGUUGAUGGAAUGUUGAAGGAUGGAUUGUGGGAUGUUUAUAGUGACGUUGGCAUGGGAGUUUGUGCCGAGUUAUGCGCUGAACAGCACAGUAUUACAAGAGAGCAGCAAGAUGAUUAUGCGGUCCAGAGCUUUGAGCGUGGAAUUGCAGCUCAAGAUGAUGAUGCUUUUGCAUGGGAGAUUGUUCCCGUAUCUGGGGGUAGAGGAAGACCAUCCACGAUUAUUGCUAAAGAUGAAGGUCUCGGAAAGUUUGAUGCUGCGAAGUUGAGGAAGCUGAGACCGAGUUUCAAGGAAACUGGUGGUACUGUAACAGCUGGAAACGCGUCUAGCAUAAGUGAUGGCGCUGCUGCUCUCGUGUUAGUAAUUGGAGAAAAGGCUCUGCAACUUAGGCUUCAAGUCAUUGCAAAAAUCUCUGGUUAUGCUGAUGCUGCUCAAGAACCAAACUUAUUCACAACUGCCCCAGCACUUGCAAUCCCAAAAGCAAUCUCAAACGCUGGCUUAGAAUCAUCCAAAAUCGACUAUUAUGAGAUCAAUGAAGCCUUUGCAGUAUUGAAGCAUAAGAACGGGAAGUACGGUGUUGGUGGUGUUUGUAAUGGAGGAGGCGGUGCUUCGGCUCUUGUCCUUGAGCUUCUG